CCCCACACACAACACCUCACAAGCAUUUUGCAACAUGUAUUCCAAGAUCAUUGUUGUUCUGGCCCUUGUCGCCGCCGUCAGUGCUCAAAGCCACUACGGACAUCAACAACACUACCAGCCCCAGCACUACCAUCACGAAGAAGAGCAUCACGGACCAGUGCACUACGAGUAUCACUACGAUGUGCAUGAUGACCACACCGGUGAUGUUCACGGCCAGAAGGAGGCUCGCAAGGACGACUCUACUCAGGGCGAGUACUACCUGAUCGAUGCCGACGGUCACAAGCGUACCGUUACGUACCACGUUGAGGGCAAGAGCGGAUUCAUCGCGGAGGUGCACCGUGAGCCGAUCAAGGGAUACCAGGCACCUCAGCCCCAACAUCAUCAAUAUCAAUCGCAAUACCAACAUUAGGUUGUUAAUUGUACUCUUGAUAAAACUUUAGGAAUUAAAGAAAUAAAGAUAAUGACCGAAGUUGUUUAAAAUUA